GUUUUUCUGUUUUCCUAUUUAGCGCUUUACUUUUCUCAACGACGACCCAUCACAAUCCUCCACUUGUUUUUUUUCCCAUAGAAUCCGGUUCCUCUCUUUCUAUCGCCUCCCACUCUCAGCAGUCGCGGUUCACGCCGCGUCCCUCUUCUCAAACCCCGCCACCGCCGUCGGCCCCACACAUCAUAGCAGGUAAUGGCAUCCGACGGCUUCCGGCCGCUGGACGACAAGUCUCUGGCGGAGUACAUAAAGGCCACUCCUUCUCUCUCCUCCAGGCUCGGCAACCAAAUCGAUGAGCUUCAAAUCAAAGAAGUCGGCGAUGGCAAUCUCAACUUCGUCUACAUCGUUACCAGCCCCUCCGGUUCCUGCGUCAUCAAACAGGCUCUUCCGUACAUACGUUGCAUUGGGGAAUCAUGGCCGAUGACAAAGGAACGUGCUUACUUUGAGUCGGUGGCGCUAAAAGAGCAUGGUCGGUUGUGCCCUGAUCAUGUUCCAGAAGUUUAUCAUUUUGACCGUGCCAUGUCUUUGAUUGGCAUGCGUUACCUGGAACCUCCACAUAUAAUCCUGAGGAAAGGGUUGAUUGCUGGAAUUGAGUACCCGUUGCUUGCAGAACACAUAUCGGAAUAUAUGGCAAGGACUCUUUUCUUCACAUCCCUUAUUUACCGUACUACCACGGAGCACAAACAAGCAGUUGCUGAAUUUUGUGGGAAUGUGGAGUUAUGCCGGCUGACUGAGCAGGUUGUCUUUUCUGACCCUUACAAAGUGUCUCAGUAUAACCACUGGACUUCUCCUUAUCUUGAUCGUGAUGCGGAGGCAGUUCGCGAGGAUAACACUCUGAAGCUUGAAGUUGCUGAAUUGAAAUCCAUGUUUUGUGAGAGAGCCCAAGCGCUUAUACAUGGUGAUCUCCAUACUGGUUCUGUCAUGGUUACUAGUGACUCAACCCAGGUUAUAGAUCCAGAAUUUGCUUUCUACGGUCCUAUGGGGUAUGAUAUUGGAGCCUUUUUAGGAAAUUUAAUCUUGGCAUUCUUUGCACAAGAUGGCCACGCAGAUCCAAAGAACGACCGAAAAGCAUACAAAGAUUGGCUGUUGAGGACAAUUGAGGAGACUUGGAAUCUCUUCCACAAAAAAUUUACAGCUUUGUGGGAUAAACACAAGGAUGGAUCUGGUGAGGCUUAUCUUCCGGCAAUUUAUAACAACCCUCAGCUUCAGCAGCUUGUGAAACAGAAAUUCAUGAGUGAUUUGUUCCACGACACUCUUGGUUUUGGUACUGCCAAAAUGAUAAGGAGAAUUGUCGGGGUAGCUCAUGUUGAGGAUUUCGAAUCAAUCGCUGAUGCUGGAGUAAGAGCUGACUGUGAGAGGCGAGCUCUCGACUUUGCCAAGAUGCUUCUGAAGGAAAGGCGAAAAUUUCAGGGCAUCACUGAAGUCGUUUCUGCUAUUCUGAAAGUCCAUUAAUGGUACAGUUCCGGGUAACGUUUGUAAUUUGCUACCAAUUUCGUCAUUUCCCACAUAAAGUGUGUGAGUUUUUAUGUACGGCAUGCCUCUAGUAACAUGAUAAGCGAUGGCUUAUAAUUUAUAAUCAGAGAGCAGUUUUCCCCUUCUUUAGCGCUUAGCAGGGGCUGCAUGUGUCAAAUGUCUUCGGAUUAGCUUGAAUGGAAUUUGUAUUGUAUUGACUUGGGCUGGCUAUAUUGCUCAUUGUGGUCCUCAAAUUUGAUCCAGAUUUGGAAAAAAAUUAGUAGUUGUGUUCCAAAUUAGAGAUAAUAAGGCUCUGAAUGCUUAUAUUCAUUCUUAUUUGCAAA